UACAAAACGCAAAAUCGUCAAAAUGUUGAGGGCCGUUGUUGUGUUGUGCGUUAUCGGACUGGCGGCCUCUUCCCCGGUGUUGGUGAGGACUGACGAAGAAGUACAAGCCUUCAGAGACUUCCUCGAAAGCACCAAGUCAGAUGAUGCAAGCCAGUUCAUCGCAAGGAGUCAGGCAUCGCCAUCCGACAAUGCAGAAGAGAACAGCGGCAAGUACCAGGGGGACAUCGUCCUAGAUGACGUCACCAUCGAGUCUAUGGUGAAGGAAUAUGCAAUGGGCAGGAACGCCUAUGUCUACCCUGGUACCAAGUGGCCGGAGAAUACUGUCGUUUGGGAGUACGCGGAAGAUCAGUUUGAUGACAUCCACAAAGCAGCAAUUCAGGAUGGUAUCAAACACAUUGAGAACAGCACCUGCAUUAAAUUCCGCUACCGCCAGCCGGAGGACACCAACUAUGUCUCCCUAACCGGUCUCCCCAACGGUUGCUACGCGCAUGUCGGCUACUGGGAGGAGCGUGGUGUACACACCAUGAACCUCGCACUCAACACGCCCGGCGUCGGCUGCUUCAGGCACGGCACCAUCGUCCACGAGUUUAUGCAUAUCAUUGGCUUCUUCCACAUGCAGUCCACACACGACAGAGAUGAUUAUGUACAUAUCGCUACCGAGAAUAUUAUUGCUGGAAUGGAGCACAACUUCGAUAUCUAUACAACAGAGCUGGUGAACAACUUAGGCAUUGAAUACGACUAUGUAAGCUGCCUGCAUUACGGUCCGCGUGCUUUCAGUGCCAAUGGCGAAGAUACCAUUAUUCCAUUAAGGGAACACGAAGGUGUGAUGGGUCAGCGUGUGUAUAUCACGGACAAGGACUGGUUACGUAUUAACAGACAUUACAACUGCGGGGGAGCUUGGAACUAAACAAUAAGAUAUUAUUUUAUUUAAAUAUAAUUAUUUUAUUUAAA